CAAAGGUGUGCACUUACAAGAGCCUACAGAAGUCGAAGCCAGAAAAUUAUUCAAAUGGUGUUAGCGCUGGAUCCUCUUCUUACCAAAGAAACUCGACUUUACAUCAGCAGGAAAAUAUUGCUGCAACCAAUUUGGAAUGCUCCAAUAAUUGGUUGCUUCAUAAAAACAUCAGUGGUACAGAGACUUACACGAAAAGUUUGGAGCAUGGAAGUAAAAGGCAAAGACUUGUUCCAUUGGGGCCACAGUCAAUUAAGUUCUUAACUGGUGGAAAGCACGUGAUGUACCUGCCAGCUAGUAAUGAUCAAACAAAUUCGUUGAAAGUUUAUCAAGCAGAAUCGCAAGCCAAUAUCCAAGAGCCUAAAUCAAAUCGUUAUUUCAAAAGCAGACAGCGACCUGUGCCGCAAAGUUUACAAGAUAAAACUCCAAUUUUUCCAAUACAGGCUAUGAAUGAAGAGGGCUUAAAAUUGGAAGAUGAUAAACCAUUUCAUCACCGUUUCUCGUUCAAUAAUCCUGUUCGUUUAUUAGAGAAAAAAUUAAAUGCAGACAAAUCUGGAAAGUCUUCAAAGCUGAAAGUAUCACUAGAUGGCCAACUGGAAGCAUUAAAGAAAGUUGAGGAAGACUUUCAGAGGAAUCGUGCUAACGAGAAGGAAAACAUACAACAUCAACUAAGGCUUUAUUUUGGCACGGAUGAUGAGCAGUAUCACAGCUUACCGAUUGCACCUGUGCUCGACCGAUUUUCAAAUAUUAAUCUUAACGAUACAAGCAAUAAAUUAUUUAGCCGUGAUGAUCCCGAAGGCUGCGUAUCAAUGGUACCUUUUACUGAACACGAGAGUAAGGAUCAGAAAAUUACAAUUAGUUCAGCGAAUACUUUAACUUAGAUGUCGAGAGCCUGUAAAUAGUA